AUGGAUGACUUGUCUAAUAAAUUGGUUGGGACACCUAAGAAAAGAGAGUGGCUACAGCUGCUACUUGUGGCAGAGAGAGGAGCAAGCCAUGGUGACGAGUGCAAAGAAGCAAGGUGUGGGGAGAAGGGGCCACCAAUCAGAUCCCCUUUCCGACUCAAAGGCAGGCAACCACCCCAUUGUGGCCUCACUGGCUUCGAUCUCUCAUGUUUUACUACAGGAUCAUUUGAAAUCGUACUUGGGUUCCUUGCAACAUUUUAUGUCUAUCAUAUAGAAAAACAGAAGAGAGAAAAUGGAUUGAGAAUAGAAAAGUUUCUGGAGGAUUACAUAGCAUUAAAGCCAUCAAGAUAUACAUAUGCCGAUGUGAAGAAUAUCACAAAUGAUUUCAAAGACAAGUUGGGAGAAGGAGCAUAUGGAAUAGUAUUUAAAGGGGCGCUUUCCAAUGACAUCCUCGUCGCUGUGAAGAUUUUGAACAACGUCGAAAAGGGAAAUGGGGAAGAGUUCAUCAAUGAAGUAGCCACAAUAGGUCAAAUUCACCAUGUCAAUGUGGUUCGUUUGGUUGGUUAUUGUGCUGAUGGGUUUAGAAGAGCUCUAGUUUACGAAUUCUUACCUAACGAUUCUCUAGAGAAGUACAUAUCAAUACGAAGGUCAACCGGCACUGAAAUCUGUUCACUUAGUUGGGAGAAACUGUUCGACAUUGCUUUAGGUACAGCUAAAGGAAUCGAGUAUCUCCACCAAGAUUGUGAUAAACGAAUCAUUCAUUUUGAUAUCAAGCCCCAAAACAUCUUGUUAGACCACAAUUUUAAACCAAAGAUUGCUGAUUUUGGUCUUGCCAAGUUAUGUUCAAAGGAUCAAAGCAUAGUGUCGAUGACUACAGCUAGAGGAACCAUAGGGUAUAUUGCACCUGAAGUAUUCUCUAGGAACUUUGGAAAUGUGUCCUACAAGUCAGAUGUUUAUAGUUUUGGAAUGUUGUUACUCGAAAUUGUUGGAGGCAGGAGAAAUAACAACAUGAAUGAAAUUUAUUAUCCAGAAUGGAUUUUUAAUCUUUUAGAAGAAGGAGAAGAUCUUCGAGUCUAUAUCAAUAGUGAGGAAGGAGAUGAUAAGAUUCCAAAAAAACUUGCAAUUGUAGGACUUCGGUGCAUUCAAUGGCACCCAACAGAUCGUCCGACUAUGAAAGAUGUGAUUCAGAUGUUGGAAGGAAAUGAAGAAUUAAGCAUCCCACCAAAUCCAUUUUCAUCCACAAAUUCAUCCAAAUUAUACACCAAGAUGCCGAAUAGAAUUAUGGCAAACUUAGAAUUAGAAACUAUAGCUGAAUAAACAGGAAGAAUAUUUAAUUUAUUAUUUUUUUUAUUUGUACGUCAUUAUAGUUGUGUAAUUUUAUUUAAUAUAUAUAUAUAUAUAUAU